AUGGAAUUGGUUUGUAAAGGAUUACAAUUUAAGAAUAUGACAAAUUUUAUAUUUCAACAAAUUAAAGAGUUACUUGACAAUCAUUUCAAUGAAAUGUGGACAUUAUGUAUGGAUUUUCAGAAG